UUGCUCGCCUGCGCAAUGGGCUGCCUCCAGAGCAUCGCCUGCAAGCCCCGCAUCAGACGGGAAAACAUCGUGGUGUAUGAAGUGUCAGCCUCUAUCGACCAGUGUCCUACGGUCAUAGAGGAGAACUCCCCCAUCGUGCUGCGCUACAAGACGCCCUAUUUCAGAGCUUCAGCCGGUGUAGUGAUGCCUCCAGUCCCCCGCAAUGAAACAUGGGUAGUCGGCUGGAUUCAGGCGUGUACACAGAUGGAGUUCUACAACACUUAUGGGGACAUUGGCAUGUCAAGCUGGGAGCUGCCAGAGCUGCGUGAGGGGCGGGUCAAAGCCAUCAGUGAUUCGGAUGGCGUUAGUUAUCCCUGGUAUGGAAACACCACCGAGACUGUGACACUGACAGGUCCCACCUCCAAACCAUCCCGCCUCACAGUCAGCAUGAAUGACAACUUCUACCCCAGCGUCACAUGGGCUGUCCCCAUCAGCAACAGCAACACCCCCAUGCUCACCCACAUCACCCGAGACCAGAGCUUCAUCACCUGGCUCGUGGCUAUGAACACCAUCACAAAGGAGAGAAUCGUGCUGCAGACAGUGCGCUGGCGGAUGCGAGUGGAUAUCGCGGUGGACCCUGACAUGCCUCUGGGCAGCCGAGCCUCGCUGGUGGGACGGCCCUAUCAGGAACAGCCACAUAUACUCAACUACCAGGAGCCCAUUCCCCCGAACGCACUGGGCAGGCCCAAUGCCAAUGAUGCUCAAGUACUCAUGUGGAGGCCCCGCAGGGGUGCACCACUUGUUGUCAUCCCUCCAAAAAUCAGUGAAAGCAUCUCUCACAUGAAAUAA